AGCAGUUCAAGAAGGAACUGAAGGCACAGUCCCCAGGUUAUUGGCCAUCUCCCAAUAGCAGAAGAACAUGAUCAACCCCCAGGAGUUGCUGACACUGGAGGACGUGGCUGUGAAGUUCACCUGGGAGGAGUGGCACCUCCUGGGCCCUGCUCAGAAGGACCUGUACCGGGACGUGAUGUUGGAGAACUGCAGGAACCUGGUGUCAGUGGGGUGUCAAGCCAGCAAGCCCGAUGCCCUCUCCAAGUUGCUAGGAGGAGAACCAUGGACAGUGGAAGAUGAAAUCCAUGGUCAAAUUUGUUCAGAAAUCAAGAAAGCUGAUGAUCAUCUACUGAUACAAUUAGGAAAUCAAAGAUGUCAGAAGAAAGUGGAACAGUGCCAUAAAUACAGUGCAUCCAGAAACAUCAUUCAUCAUAGAACAAAUAACUUUCCUUUAAGGCAAAAUCAUGAUAUAUUUGACUUUCACAGGAAAAGAUUGAAAUCAAAUUUAAGUUUAGUCAACCAUAACAGAAGCUGUGAAGUAGAGAAUCCUGUCAAGGCUAAUGGAGUUGGAAAAUCAUUCCUUCAUGCCAGGCAUGAACAAUUUCCUACUGAAAUUAAAUUUCCUGAAUAUGGAAAUUCUGUGAAUACAAAUUCACAUCAGAGAUCCCAAAAGGCAGAGAAGCCCCAUGUAUGCAUCGAAUGUGGGAAGGCCUUCCUCAAGAAGUCUCGUCUCAUAGAUCACCAGAGAGUGCAUACAGGAGAGAAACCUCAUGGGUGCAGUGUGUGUGGGAAAGCCUUCUCCAGAAAGUCCCGGCUCACUGAACAUCAGAAAACUCACAGAGGAGAGAGACGGUAUGAAUGCAACGAGUGUGACAAAGCAUUCCGCUGGAAAUUACAGUUUAUUGCACAUCACAAAAUUCACACAGGAGAGAAACCUUAUGUAUGUAGUGACUGUGGAAAAGGCUUCAUCAAGAAGUCUCGUCUCAUUAAUCAUCAGCGAGUUCAUACAGGAGAAAAACCUCAUGCAUGUAGCCUGUGUGAGAAGGCGUUCUCCAGAAAAUUCAGACUCAUUGAACAUCAGAGAACUCACACAGGAGAGAAGCCCUAUGAAUGUACUGAGUGUGACAAGGCUUUCCGCUGGAAAUCACAACUCAAUGCACAUCUGAAAACCCAUACAGGAGAGAAAUCCUAUAUAUGCAGUGAAUGUGGAAAAGGCUUCAUUCAGAAAGGCAAUCUCACUGUCCACCAGCGAACUCAUACUGGAGAGAAGCCUUACACUUGCAACGAAUGUGGAAGAGGCUUCAUCCAGAAGGGCAAUCUCCUUAUACAUCAGCGUAUUCACACUGGAGAGAAACCCUAUGUCUGCAAUGACUGUGGGAAAGGCUUCAGCCAGAAAACAUGCUUGAUCUCACAUCAGAGAUUCCACACAGGAAAGACUCCCUUUGUAUGUACCGAGUGUGGGAAAUCCUGCUCACACAAGUCUGGUCUCAUUAAUCAUCAGAGAAUCCACACAGGAGAGAAGCCUUACAGGUGUGGUGACUGUGGGAAAGCUUUCAGAAAUAAGUCAUGCCUCAAUAGACACCGGAGGACUCAUACGGGAGAGAGACCCUAUGGGUGCUCUGACUGUGGGAAGGCGUUCUCCCACCUGUCAUGCCUUGUUUAUCAUAAGGGAAUUCUGCAUGCAAGAGAGAAACAGGUUGAUUCAGUCAAGCUAGAAAAUAGUUUCUCAAAGAGUUGCAGCUUAUCACAUACAAAUGAUCCCAUGCAGGAGGAGAGUCUUGUUAGCAUGGGGACUAUGCAGAUUCCUUCUGUGGCAACUCAAACUUCAUUGGGCAACAGUGAGUUCCAAGCAGAUAGGAGCAUAGCUAUUGUGGGACAGCCAGAUGUCAGACAUUCACCCUCAGCAGAGACUGGACCUUGCACAGAAGAGAAAUCUUAUGAAUGCAAUGAAUGUGAUAGUGCUUUCAGUGAUCAAUUACAUCACGUUUUAUGUCACAAAAAUCACACAGGAGUAAAUCAUGAUGCAUUGAAGAUAGAAAACCCUUGAGUAUAAAUAUAGCUCAUUAUAUAGCUGACAGUAUGCUGGGAAAAAAAAAUAGUAUGAAUGCUUGCUGAAUAAAUCAUUUAUGGGAAGAUAAACCUUAUCAAUGGUCACAGAUUAGUGAGCUCAAAGUUGGUAGAAAUAUAAUGACCAUGGAGAAGUCCUUGCCCAAAAGAAAGAUCUCUGUAGGUGUCAUGCAAAGAAAAAUGGUUGGAAGACCUUUGAAGGCAGUGAAGGUGGCAGGGUUGCUCAUGGUACCAUUCUGUAUCAUGUUACCAGAGGAAAACAUAGAAAUAAAAGUGAACACUUGAAACAUCUUCAGUAAAAUAUCAGAGAAUACUUGAAGCAAAUAAACCUGUGAAGAUGAAGAAUAGAGAUUUGCAUCAGAAGUCUAAUAUUUUACAAGAGAUAACACACAGAGUGCAUUUUAGGACAGUAUACCUUAAGUCAAACUGUCAGUGGCUCCUUCAUUAAAAGGAGGUGAUUUGUGUUAAAGUUAUAAUGCAACUUAUCUCCCUUUUUACUGGCGCAAGUCUUCUUUUUCUACCCAGGAUUAUUAUGAUUAGCUUUACACUUUUUUGGUUAUAAAAGAAACAAUUUAUUUAAAUACCACUGGGGGAAUGAAGUUCAAACCACAUGACUAGCCAGCCUCACUCUGAACCCAGGAUGCAGUUAUUAUCCUAACCCUGUGGUUUGUGUUAUUUUUGAUAAACACACCACACAGAAAAAUGCUAACUAUUUUGCUUUUGCUGGUGCUGUUGCAGAAAGUAGGUGAUGGCGGUGAUGAAGGAAACAAAACCCCUGGCUAUUUUUUGUUUGUACUGGGGAUCAAACUCCAGGGUGCUCUAUUACUGAGCCACAUCCCUAUCCCUUUUUGUUUUGAGAGGGGCUCUUGCUAAAUUCACAAAGCUGGCCUUGAAUCUGUAAUCCUCCUGCCUCAGCCUUGGGUCAUUGGGAUUAUAGCCAAGUGCCACCAUGUCUGUCAGCGCUUGCUGGUUUUAAAUGAGCAUUUCUUUUUAGGUGGGUCCUGUGCACAUAGCAGUUUUACCCUCCAGCAUGUGUGGCUAGCGGUUGUAAACACUGGUUGAAAAGGGGCAGAGUUGUGGAGGACAGAUGAUUGAUUUAGUUGUACUCACAUGAAGCAAGGUAUGAACACUUUUUUAAAAUGUUCAUAUCUUUAUGUCUACAUAGAUUCCUUUAUACUUUGUAGAUAAUUGUAAGUUCCCCAGUACAUAACAAAAUAGAAAUUAAUUGUAGACUUGGGAGAUGGAUGAGGGUGCAUGAAUGACUUCAUGGACUAAUCAAAAUGUUGUGGAAGGAAAGGGCCUAAUGGAGAAAUUCUAAGGAUCAUCAUUUUCCCCACAAACUUAAAAAAUAAAAAUCUUCAUAGUGACUUGCAUCUGGCAUAAUGUAAAAGGAGCAGACCAUAGAAUCCACAACGGGGCUGGGAGUGUAGCUCAGUGUUAGAGCACGUUUUGCAUGCACAAGGGCCCGAGUUCAAUCCUAGCACCACCUUUCCUCAAGUCACAGAAUGCGCCCAGUUAAAGGAUUAGAGGAACAAAAUCACAAAACACAGGACAGCAGUGUGUGAGGUGGGUCAAGGAGAGAGAUCCCUUUGGAUAUCUUGAAGAAGCACCCUUUCAUUGGUCCACAGGCCCCAGCCUUCAGAGUUGCCAUGAUUUCAGAGAUGCUGGCUCCUAUGUGACAUGCUAAAUGAGGGUGAUUUAUUUUUGUUCCUUGCCAGUCUCUGGGGAAUGGGGGCCCUUGACAUCUCUCCCAUGCUCAGUUCAAUUUUGAUCCAAUAAAGACAAUAUCCAGGUUAGA